AUGCGUAUACUUCUGGUAGUGACAGCAUGCAGGUUCAACUUCAUAGGGCAUAGCAAAGUCCAAGUAUCAACGAUUAUCGGUCUUUUCCUGCUCGUCCUACAAAAUGCAGCAUCAAUCAUUUCCCGGUCCACAACCGAGAACAAGCACUUCGAUCCAUUGACAGGCAUCCUCCUCUCCGAACUCCUCAAACUGGCCACCUCCCUCCUCUGCAUCAUUCAAAUAGCAGAUGGGCACAAAUCCCUCCUCACCACCCUCAGAACAAACCACGAGGAAGCAACCCUCCCAGCCCUCCUCUACACCGCCGCCUCCUUCGCCCAGAGCAUCGGCGCCUCCUCCCUCGACCUCCUCCCGUACCUCGCUCUCUCCCAAACAAAACUCAUCCUCACCCCCCUCCUCGCAACCUUCCUCCUCAACCAAAGAUUCACCCUCCAGCACUGGACCUCCACCCUCACAAUGACAGCGGGAAUCAUCCUCGCCCAGACCGGCGCCAACGCCUCAGCAGAGAACCAGCAGCACCGCACCACACUCCACACCCACCCCCUCCCAGGGGUCCUCGCCAUGCUUCUGUCCGGGUCAAGCGUCGCCCUAGGAGGCCUCUGUAUCGAGCGAUCCCUCAAACGCGCCGCAACCACAACCACAGCCGCAAACUCCUUCUUCGUCCGGAACGCCCAACUCGCCGCGCACAGUCUGCUCUUCGCGCUGCUCUCGUUCCUCUGGAAGUCAAAGUGCAGGAUAGAUGGAUCCAGCUUCUUUGAGGGGUUUAGUAGCCUGGUCUGGGUGUUUGUGUGUUUACAGGCGUCCGGCGGGUUCCUGGUGGCGUGGUGUGUGAGGGCUACGAGUUCGGUGACGAAGAAUUUUGCGCAGGGGAUGGGGUUUGCGAUUGCGGUUUUGGGGCCGUUGGUUGUGGAGUCUAGGGAUAUUGAUCCGAAGCUUCUUGUUGGGGUUGUGCUUGUGCUAGGUGCGGUGGUUGGGUCGGCGUUGGCGGGGCAGAGUACGAGGGUAACGAACCUGAUGGAGAAGAGGGAGGUCAAAGGUGUGGUGUAG